AUGAUUUGUCCUCCAUUGGCCCGACUGGGAAGUGCUACCUCCACCGCCUCCCGCCGUGUUUGGCGCACAUCAGCAACGCUGGCUCCCCCCACUUCUACUGCCCCUCUCUCCUCUUCCUUUUCUUCUCCCUUAUCCCGCGCGGCCCAAGUAUCUAGACACUUUUCGUCCGCUUCACCCAACAUGUCUUACUCCAUCCGCAAGGUCGGCUCCCCAUACACUCUCGAGCACCGUGUGUUCGUUGAGAAGGAUGGCGUCCCCGUCUCUCCCUUCCACGACAUUCCUCUGUACGCCAACGAGCAGCAGACCAUCCUGAACAUGGUCGUUGAGAUCCCCCGCUGGACCAACGCUAAGCAGGAGAUCUCCAAGGAUGAGUUCCUCAACCCCAUCAAGCAGGACACCAAGAAGGGCAAGCUCCGCUUCGUCCGCAACUGCUUCCCCCACAAGGGUUACCUCUGGAACUACGGUGCCUUCCCUCGCACCUGGGAAGACCCCAACUCCAUCCACCCCGAGACCAAGGCCAAGGGUGACGACGAUCCCCUCGACGUUUGCGAGAUUGGUGAGCUUGUCGGCUACACCGGUCAGGUCAAGCAGGUCAAGGUUCUUGGCGUCAUGGCCCUGAUUGACGAGGAGGAGACCGACUGGAAGAUCAUUGUCAUCGAUGUCAACGACCCUCUUGCCCCUAAGCUCAACGACAUUGAGGAUGUCGAGCGCCAGCUUCCCGGCCUCAUGCGCGCCACCAACGAGUGGUUCCGCAUCUACAAGAUCCCCGACGGAAAGCCCGAGAACCAGUUCGCCUUCUCCGGCGAGUGCAAGAACAAGAAGUACGCCGAGGAUGUCAUCCGCGAGUGCUCCGACGCCUGGGAGAAGCUUGUCUCUGGCAAGACCCCCCGUGGCGAGAUCAGCCUUGCCAACUCCACCGUUGAGAACUCUCCCGACCGUGUUGACCAGGGUCAGCUCGCUGCUAUCCCCCGCAACGAGACUCUGCCCCCUGCUCCCAUUGAUGGCAGCAUUGACAAGUGGUUCUUCAUCUCAGGUGCCGCAGUAUAAAUGAUAUUUUCUGCAACAGAAAUAUAAAACUAACCAAAACUUUCAAGCCUAUGAUCGUCUGCCCGGUGGGAACUACCUUCUUCGAUUUCCUGAGGACAGGACCCAUUUCUGAAUUGUGAAUGAAUUGCUCCCAAUACUUAAUUCUUUACCACCACAGCGUAGAGAAGAGUAGUCUGAUGGGCAAAUGCAAAUCCGAACAACUGUAUAGUAAUGAAACAUCACCACUUUCAACA